AUGGCCAGUUCGUCAAACGACUACUUUCCGCCAGAGUCUCACGGUAGCGCAUCCUCGAGCCAGAGCCCUCCAAGCAUUCCCAAUCCUACAGUUGAAGACGACAGCGACAAUGACGAUCCAAUCGCAAGUCAUUCUCGUGAACAAGUCCUCCUUUCCGAAGACUCCCUAUUUGGUGCUGAUGUAGACACAGUGUCUUUCAAGCGCAAGCAGAAGCAACCCUCUGGAUUGCGUUUCUUGUCUGCCUUUACAGGCAAUGCGAGCGCAUCAAGACUGGCAAUACCUUCUCCUACGGGGGGGACGAAUCUGAUUAACGGUGGGCAUUUGGCCUCAGGCAUAGAGAAUGGAGACUUUGAUGACACAAAUAAUACGAACAACAAAGACGGGGGGUUGGACUGGUAUGCCGAAGGGCCAGGUCGCAGAGUUGGGUAUGAGGACAUGACGGCCAUUGAUUGGAUUUUUGAAUACACGAAAGAAAGACAACGUCUGCGGGUUCUAUACUCGAGUGCCACAGGUAUCUUAGGAUAUCUGCAACAGGCCUUGGAUGCCAGUCAAAUUUGGAUUGUUCUGAUUUUGACUGGAUUAGCAGCUGGUGUUUUUGCUGCCGCAAUAGAUGUUGCCAGUGACUGGUUAGCAGAUUUGAAAACAGGGUAUUGUUCUGCUGGUGUGGAUGGAGGGCGUUUUUAUCUCAACAAGUACUUCUGUUGUUACGGCUAUGAUGGCCUGACCCAAUGCCGGGAUUGGGUUUCUUGGAGUCAAGCUCUGAACAUCACUUCUACUGGAGGGUCAUGGUUUAUAGAAUAUUUCUUUUUUAUACUAUUUUCGGUACGGUGUCCAAUCCUAUCAUGUUCUAUCAAAUUACACACGCUUACUUGAGUGGUUUUAAGGUGGUCUUUGGGAUUUCUGCAAGUAUUUUGGUCAUAGAAUACGCUCCUUAUGCAAAACAUAGUGGAAUUCCAGAAAUCAAAACUGUAUUAGGAGGCUUUGUCAUUCGGCGAUUCAUGGGAACAUGGACUUUGAUAAUAAAGUCACUUGGGCUGGUAUAUACAGACAACUCCCUUGGGGGCCUCUACAUCGCUGACUGUGAUAGUGCCUGGCUGUCGCAUCGGGCAUGUGGCUCGGGAAAGAAGGACCUCUGGUGCACGUGGCAUGCUGCUGCGCGAAUCUUUUCAUGAAAUUAUUUGGGAAUAUCAACGGGAACGAAGGUACGGCUAUAUCUGCUCUAUCAUUUUGGCAAAAUGUCUGACAAUCCGCAAGCAAGAAAACGUGAGGUCCUUUCUGCUGCUGCCGCCGCGGGGAUAUCGGUUGCAUUUGGUUCUCCCAUUGGGGGAGUUCUAUUCAGUCUUGAAGUUAGUCAGAAUACUUGAGAAGAAGCUAUUCGUUUCACUAACUUUCAAUAGCAAUUGUCAUAUUACUUUCCCGACAAAACAAUGUGGCAAAGUUUCGUAUGCGCAAUGACUGCUGCAGUAACAUUGCAAGGCUUUGAUCCGUUCAGAAGCGGCAAACUUGUGCUAUAUCAAGUAACGUACAGUACGGGUUGGCACGGGUUUGAGAUGGUCCCUUUCGCGUUGUUGGGCAUUCUCGGGGUAAGCUGUUUUGACACUUGUAAUGAAUCCAUCUAAUUUGUUCCAGGGCGUUUACGGCGGGCUAUUUAUCAAAUUGAAUAUGAAAGUAGCCGAGUGGAAAAAAGCCAACACGUGGUUGCCUGGACCUCUUACUCAAGUCGCGAUUGUAGCAGUACUGACGGCUCUUAUCAACUAUCCCAACUUUUACAUGAGAGCUCAAGCUUCGGAGCUUGUCUAUUCUCUCCUUGCUGAAUGCUCAAAAGUUGUUGAUGAUCAAUUUGGGCUUUGCCAAACUGGGGCGGCAUCAGCCGGUACCAUAGUCUUGCUAGUGUUUGGAGCCAUUCUCGGUUUCUUCCUGGCUUCCGUCACAUUUGGACUUAAGAUACCAGCGGGGAUUAUUUUGCCUUCCAUGGCGGUAGGGGCUCUCAUGGGACGAGCUGUGGGGAUAGUCAUGGAGAUUUGGGUUCAGAAUCACCCAACGUUCUUCCCAUUUGCAUCUUGCGAACCCGAUGUUCCUUGUGUCACCCCUGGAACAUAUGCCAUCAUAGGUGCUGCCGCUGCACUUGGUGGAGUUACCAGAAUGACAGUUUCGAUCGUUGUAAUCAUGUUUGAACUUACAGGGGCACUCACCUACGUCCUGCCUAUCAUGAUCGCAGUCAUGUUUAGUAAAUGGGUAGGGGAUGCUUUUGGAAAAAGGGGAAUAUACGAAUCCUGGAUUCACUUCAACGAAUACCCAUUUCUCGACAAUAGCGAGGAAACAGUUAUUCCCGACAUUCCCGUCUCCCAAGUUAUGACUCGAAUCGAAGAUCUCAUUGUCCUUACUGCCACCGGACACACUAUCCAAUCUUUGACCAGUAUCCUAGCGACCCAUGCCCACCGCGGAUUUCCGGUCAUCUCUGAUUCACGAGAAGCUAUUCUCUUGGGCUACAUUUCCCGAGCAGAAUUAGAAUACAACCUCCGCUCCUCCACCCAAGCACCACGUUCCCUCCCUCCAGAAACCGAAGCCUUCUUCUCCCACCAGCCACUCGCCGAUCCACGAACCACCCUCGAUCUCAGACCUUGGAUGGACCAAACACCACUUACCCUUCCAUCACGCUCCAAUCUCCUUCUAACAGCGAACUACUUCCAGAAACUUGGUUUACGAUACGUCCUUUACUCGGACCGUGGUGUUUUGCAGGGACUACUGACUAAGAAGGAUGUUUGGUAUGUGUUAAACGGGGCGGAGGAGACAAGGAAGACUGCUGCGAUGGAUGGGGGUGGGUUGGGGUUAAGUACGGGGUUGACGAGAGAGGAGGGAGAGGGGGAGGCGAGGGGGCUGUUGAGUAGGAAUGCAGAGGAUGAGGAUACUCCGAUUAGCNGGUUGGGGUUAAGUACGGGGUUGACGAGAGAGGAGGGAGAGGGGGAGGCGAGGGGGCUGUUGAGUAGGAAUGCAGAGGAUGAGGAUACUCCGAUUAGCCCUACUGGCGGGGCUGCGGUUUUAUGA